GCAGCAGUAUCAUUUCAAACAGUUGGUUCGGUGUGAAAAGCAACAGGCAUGUUGUGCGGUUACUUCGUGUCUUUUUUUACUUUAAGUGGGCAAGCUCUGGUUUUGUCUUUAAGUUUGUAGAUGUUACGCAUUUCUUGUGCAUAAAUUAAACAUAGAAUCUUACUGAAUGUGUCGCUAAAGAUCCUUUUGUUUCGGAUGUCAGUGGCACGACUCAAUGGACUCGCACAUUAUCACACCAGGUCCUUACCGAGCCACUAAACUGUGGAAUGAAGUGACUAAGCUUUUCCGGGCGGGGAUGCCUGUGAAGAAGCAUCGACAGCACCUGAAGGCUUAUCCGAGCUGCUUCACUGCCACCUCAGCUGUAGACUGGUUACACGACCUCCUCAGACACAACUGUAACUUUGGACCCGAGGUCACCAGGCAGCAGACUGUCCAGCUUUUAAAGAAGUUCUUAAAAAAUCACGUCAUUGAGGAUGUAAAAGGACGAUGGGGUAUGGAGGACUUGGAGGACAACAGUCAGCUCUACAGGUUUCCACCAACAUCUCCACUGAAGCCGAUCCCUGCUGGUUCUCAAGGCACAAGGAAAAAGAGUUUGUCUUUGAAAGACAGAGAGAGCUUCUUCAAAUUGAGAGGUGCCAGGAGAUUUGACAAAGAAAUCCAAGAAAAUGUAGCUCCAACUGUAGAAGAUACUUCCAACGGCUCACCCACAGAAGAGGAUGUGCACUAUAGAGAAAUCACAGAGGAAGAAAUUCUGGAUAUUUGGAAGAAUGUAACAUUAACACAUUUACAGAAGUUGCUGGGUUUGCCAUCUCUUGAAGAUGUUUUGAAUCCAGCAGAAGUCAAUUCUCACUUCAUUGUGUAUAACAUGACCAAAGUGAACAAGCAUGGAGUUGUUACCUUGGAAGAUAAGACGGAUGAUCUGCCCCACUGGGUUUUGUCAGCCAUGAAAUGUCUCGCAAAUUGGCCAAAGUUUGACCAGCCAUCUUACACAGGCUUUGAGAGGGAUGUCUUCAAAUCAGUGUCUGACUAUUUUCACAGUCUUCCUCAACCAAUGCUGACCUUUCAAUACUAUGAAUUGUUUGUUAAUGUUCUGGUUUUGUGCGGUUAUGCCACUGCUCCCAGUACUCAGCGUGGAAAGCGUAAAAACCUGGAGGAGCUGAGCUGCCCACAGCCGGCUAAAGCCCCUCAUCUGAACUCUGCCAAUGCAUUUAGAUCCACUGAGUGCCUCUUGUUGAGUUUGAUAAGAAAGGAGUCAUUUGAGGAGACUGAGUCCCCCAUGAAAGAGGUGUUUGCCACUAAAAUUAAGACCCAGUUUGCAAGCUCAAGGGCACGCUCCAAUGGACGUCUACUUAACAGGUUUCCACACAGGAGCAGCUCUUUGGAAAGAAUCCUGGAUGAAUCUGCAGAUUCUUGCCCAAAAUGGGAGCUCUUCAGGUCUGCUGAAAGUCUAGCAUCCUUCAGGACUAACAGCACUGACAAUUCUUCUCCUCAAGGAAGUUCUCCAGCAGAUAUGGAGCCUAAACCUGAUGUUUCUUCCUCCAUGUCCUGUAACACCUCCCCAAGCGAGACUUGUCCCAGUAUAGAGACUUCUCAAAGCAACAGCAGCUCAAGCUCCUAUCUCUCAGAAUAUCAACCCACCUGUCAGAGAACUGCCAGGCCUCGGCCCAGAAGCAUCGGGAAUUGUCUUGAUAUAUUGGAACACAGAGAAAUGUCAGCAAGUUGUUUUAGCAUCAAUGCCCCAAUAGCAGAAAUUACUAUGAGACCAGACUUGUCCUCCUCUACUGUUAAUCUUAGAGGUCCUGGGUUGGUCCGUUUGCAUGGAAGUUGCUUGGAUGUCAGCACAGGGCCAAGUAAUAGCAGACGUUGUCACAGCACUCUGGAUCUGUGCAAGCCUGUUGUGCAGUCUCGUCCCUCAAUGUCUUCUGUUGCACGUCGCCUGAGUCCUGAGCAAAGCUUGCUGCAGCCUGCAUUGGAGCGUCUUGCCAUCGAGGCACUGCAACUCUGCACCCUUCUCCUUCCUCCGGGUUCUCGCCGCAAACUACAACUGCUCCUGCGCAUGAUCUCGCGCAUGAGCCAGAAUGUGGACAUGCCUCGGUUGCAUGACACCAUCGGCACACGCACACUGAUGGUGCAAACAUUCUCUCGCUGUGUAUUGAGCUGUGAGGAGGAAGUAGAUCUGGAUGAGCUCUUGGCCACCAGACUUCUGUCCUUUUUAAUGGACCACCAUCAAGAGGUACUCCAGGUACCCAUGUACCUGCGUAUUGCUGUUGAACACCAUAUCGCCUACCUCAGAUCACAGACGAGACACCCUCUUCAAACCUACUCAUUCUGCAAACAGAUCAGCACUCAGGAGUUUGAGGAGCAGAAGCUGUCUUUGUCUCAAGCAGCUGUUGCAGAACUGCUGGAGAGCAUUAUCAAGGACAAAUGCAUGUCAGUCAAGGAGAAGAAGAAGAAACUCAGACUGUUUCAGAAGGAAUAUCCGGACAUCUACUCUCGCCGCUUCCCCACCACCGAGAGCGAGGCACAGCUUUUUGCAGAUAAACCAAAGAUCAAACCACCAAUGUUGAUUGGUAUAAGGAAGGCUAAAACAUUUAGCAUUAGAAAUUGAAUACCUCUUAAAAUAUGUGUUAUAGUGACGCGUACCUGAGCGUCGUCAUGUUAUGUCAUGGAUGCUUUAGGAGUAUGGGACUUGUGCGUCAUCCUUUACAGUGACUGGUUAUUGCUAUUGAAGUUUCAUGUAAGCUCUCACUGAUGUGGGUCAAACAAAUUGCUGACAAAUUACAUGUUUGUGUUAACUUGCCUAGUGAGAGCAGGGAGAAUAAGUGGUCCACAUGACUGGGAUUACCAUUAAGUUAUACUAUUGCCUGGGAUUGAAGUGUUUUUCAUGACAUUUAAAGGACAACAGUUGUUUUUUUAUUAGCUUUUUUUUCUCACUUUAUAUAUUUAUUUAUUUUAUGUUCAUAGUUGCCUUGCAUUCGUGGGAGAUAUCAAACCUAUAAAAUAAAGGGCAUUUCAGGGUUGGCUUUAGUGUCUGUUUAAGGGCUCUCUAUUCAUAGUUUGGGUACUUUUAACUUUGGUACCUUUGGGAAACUAAGCCUAUCUAACUGGAACAAUAGGUAAGUAGAAUUUUACAUGAAAUGUUUACAAAAGGAUUAACAGCGGUUCGUUUAAGCAAGGAGGUGUAUAAACCAAAUGAAGGUAUGUGCUGUUUUAGAACAUUAUUUUUGUUGGUGUAUUUUAUUUAAACUUUAUCAGCAUUCCUGCUCUCCUUGUGUAACCAUUAUAUCCCCCAAAUUUUAACUGAUAUGUUCUUACUAGUUUUUGAUUAAUUUGUUGUGAGCUCAUUUCUGUGUUUUUACCAUUCAAUGUAAAUUCAUGCUGAAUUGGCACUGUAAUUCCAGCAUAGUAACUUGAAAACAAAAUUCACAUUCAUGUGCUAGAUUCCAUAUUUUCCAUGAUUUUUUUUUUUUUUCUGAAAGUUUAUACUAAGUCUGUGCUUUAUUAUGGGAUACAUUUUUAAGUUUGCUAGGCAAGUGAAGCUUUAGUUUCAAUCCACUGUGCAAUGGAAAUGAUUUUUGCACUAUUGUCAUCGGAUGUCCAUUUAAAGGUCAUCAACAGUUUAUCUAACCAUUUAGAGAUUUUAACCUGACAGUCUAGUAUUUUUAAUAACAUUUUCAUAUUUGCUUGAGUAUGUUUGUUUGGAUUUAAUUAAAAAAAUUAAUUCCUUUACCCUUUUACUGAAGUCUUCUCUGGGCCAGGCUUUCCAAAAAUUAUUUGAUAUGAUUGCUCCUGAAGUCAGUGUUGAAGUAUGAUCAUGAGCAGUAUUCAUGGUGUGAUGCUUUUGUUUAACACAGAGUUUGAGUGUUCUUAACCAUGCCAGGCUUUUGUGAUGUACACUUUCUAUAGAUUUUAUGCUAUGCAAUAAAAGAAAAUAA